AUGUACCAACCUCACGCACUGGAUGAGUGGUCAAGGAAGAUGAUUGCCUUCUUGCUGUUCCUCUUUAGCACGGCUGUGACCGCUACGAACGCCAAACCAUUGGCUACCAAGUCCGGUCAGAAGGAUGCAAUCCCUAACUGGGACUUCCAGCAGAUAAACAAAGUCGGCGGAAACCUCACGUCUCUUUCUUUACCCAAUAUUGACAUCUCUUCCUGGCAUCAUGCACCUGUAUCCAGAUGUACCCUAAUGGCCUGUCUCCUAGCCCAAGGCACCUACAAAUUAGACGGUCAAGACGGCCUCUGGUACUCAGACAAUCUUGCCCACUUCGACGACAGUCUCUUUCAUGCUACAUGGGUUUAUCGCAAUCAAUUCACCGUGGGAACUGGAUAUGAAUCAACAGACGUCCAUUAUUUCCUAGAAACCAACGGAAUUACCCCUGCUGCAGACUUGUUUCUCAACGGAAAGCAAAUCGCCGAUAAUGUCACACAGUCAGGUUCUUAUGGUGGUCAUACAUACGACAUCACGCCUCACGUUGGGAAGAAAAAUGCACUGCUAGUCAAAGUAUAUCCUACAGACUAUCAAUAUGACUUUGCCGUUGGAUUCGUCGACUGGAAUCCCUAUCCACCUGACAAUGGGACGGGAGUCUGGAGGGAUAUCACUAUAAAACGGACAGGCGAUGUCUUUAUGGGUGCUGUGAGCGUACUUGUGGACAUGGAUGCGCCUAUCAAAGGGAAUCAAGAUCAUCACGCAGUCAUUACUGCCAAAGCUCAGGCUCGUAACUUGAAAAAGAAGCCAAUCAAGUUCGUGGCUAAAGCCAACAUCAAGUCACCACAUGGUAAGACCAUUGCGAUACUUGCCAAGACUCUGAGCCUCGGAGUCGGUGAAUCAACCACGGUUGAGCUUUCUACAAAGAUCAAGAAUCCAGAGAUUUGGUGGCCCGCCGCUUGGGGCGAACAGCCUUUAUACUCUGCCCAGGUCACUUACUCUAUCGGACACGACACCUCGGAUGUGAGCCCUGUCACCAACUUUGGCAUUCGAACAGUCACUUCUGAGCUCAACUCACACAACGAUACUACGUUUAUUGUGAAUGGCUACCCCAUCCAGAUCACAGGUGGUGGAUACACAUCUGACAUGUUUUUGCGGUGGGAUCCACGCCGUUUCGAGAAUAUAGCACGCUAUACUCUAGACAUGGGCAUGAACACUAUCCGACUCGAGGGAAAAAUGGAACAGCCCGAGCUCUACGACAUUGCUGACAGACUGGGUCUUAUGCUCAUGGCAGGCUGGGAAUGUUGCGAUCGAUGGGAAAGUUGGCCCUACAAUCACGACUUGUCCAUGGACCCUCCUCCUAAAUGGUAUGACACUGACUACCAAACUGUCAACGCUUCGAUGAGGCAUGAAGCAGCCAUCAUGCAAUCUCACCCAAGUCUUAUCGCCUUUCUGGUUGGAAGUGACUACUGGCCCGAUGACCGGGCCACAGAGAUCUACCUGGACGGCUUACAUGAUGCUGGAUGGCAAGUCCCUAUCAUAUCCUCGGCUGCAAAGCGUGGCAACCCAAAGCUUCUUGGUCCAUCCGGGAUGAAGAUGGAAGGACCUUAUGACUGGGUUCCGCCAGUCUAUUGGUUUGAUAGGGAACCGACAGCCAGGAGGUUUGGGUCAUCUUUUGGUUUUGGAUCCGAGCUCGGUGCUGGUGUUGGAACGCCCACCAAAGGGAGUUUGGUCAGAUUCUUGACAGAUGACGAUAUGGAGGAUCUAUGGAAGAAGCCUAACAAAGGUCUCUACCACAUGUCUCAAGACACCUCACAGUUCCACGAUCGGUCCAUCUACAACAAAGCACUGUUUAAGCGUUACGGUAAACCUACAUCUCUGGAUGACUAUCUCAUCAGCGCUCAAAUGAUGGAUUAUGAAGCGAUUCGUUCCGAGUUUGAAGGCUGGGGCAGUCAUUGGAGCUCCUCUCGCCCAGCGACAGGUCUCAUCUACUGGAUGUUGAACAACGCCUGGCCAAGUCUUCACUGGAAUCAAUUCGACUAUUAUCUCCAUCCAGCUGGGACUUAUUUUGGUACUAAAAUUGCCACUCGUGUCGAGCAUGUUAUGUUCGAUUACUUUAACAGCUUUGUCUGGGUGACCAACCGCUCACUUAAAAAGUCCGGUCCACGUUCAGUUCACAUUGAAUUGGUGGAUCUGAAAGGCAAAGAGAUUUCUCGCCAGAUUCUUCGCUUGUCCACAAAGUCUAACAAGUCUCAAAAAGUUGGCGAUAUUAGCAGCUCGAUUAAGAAAAUUGAAGAUGUCGCAGUACUUUGCUUGACCUUGGUCGACGAUGACAACGACGCGGUGCUCAGUCGCAACGCGUAUUGGCUAUCAAAACAAAACGACAUAGUAGACUGGGCAUCGACGACGUGGUACGUCUCCGACGUCAAACAAUUCGCCAAUUUCACUGCAUUAAAUGAGAUGGAUCGAGCAACUAUUAGUCUGACACCCUCCGGCGGUAAAGCCUCUGGCAAGUGGAAAGUUCGAGUAAAGAACAGUAGCUCAGUUCCGGCAGUAUUCAUCCAGCUCAACCUUGUGGAUAAAGCUGGAAACGAUGUGGCUCCGUUGACCUGGUCAGAUAAUUAUUUUACUUUACUUCCCCGUGAAGAGAUUGAAGUUGAGCUUGAAGACUGGUCAAACAAGGGCGUCACGGUGGAAAUAGUUGGGAAGAAUGUCAAAGCAUCUCAGGUUAGACUUCGCUAA